AUGAUUGAAUUCUCAGACAGCCAAAGUUCAUCCUCAUUAUCAUCAGAAGAAUGUCGAACUAAGUUCAAGUCAGAGGAAGAAUUCGGUGUGGGUUCGUCCUCCGGUGCUGCUGCAACAACAUCCAAGACACCAAUUGAAGUGAAUCCACCUUCUUCGAGCUCAUCAUCAUCUCAGAGGUAUAAAUUUAUUGAGAUGGGUUUCUCACCAGCUCUUGUUGACAGAGUAUUAAGUGAAGGAGACAACCAUUUCGAGGUCUUAUUAGAAAGUUUGUUCCAGUAUACUUCUGCAACUACCCAAAAUGUGAAAUCUGACAAAAUAUCAAGUCCCAUUACUGAUGAUGACAGUGAUUUUGAAUUGGAUGGUGCUGAAUUGGAGGUGAAACCUGAGGAGGAUAGAAGAGCUUAUUUAUUGGCAAUGAAUUUCUCUGUAAAUGAAGUUGAUUCUGCUAUAGAAAGGCUUGGUAAAGAUGCACCAGUGAAUGAGCUUGUGGAUUACAUUGUUGCAGCUCAGAUAGCCGGAAAGAAUGAGGAUGCAGCUGCUGCAGCUACAGAGUCUUUGUUUGUGCCGACUAUGGACCGGACAGUUGGUUUGCUGCUUGAGAUGGGGUUCACUGAAGAAAAAAUAGCUUAUGCUAUUGAGAAAUUUGGUGGUGGAGAACAUAUUUCGGUUCAGGAGCUAGCUGAUUCAAUAUUUGCAAAGCGAAUUGGUGAUGCGCAGGCAGAAUCAACCUCUGACAUUAUGCGCCAGAGUGGGAAAGCUUGCAGGCCAUUUGCAAAGCAUCAUGGUGGCUGGACUACCGUGGAAGAAGGUAAGUCGCAAAAUUAUGCUCUCCCGAGUUCGUGUUUUAUUCCCUGUGAAAAGGAUAAAGCCUUCAUGGACAGUCUCAAAAGGAAAAGAGUUAAACUUGAAUGUAUUAAACCCAUAGCUCAUGGUCCCUCGCUUCGUCUUCUUGAAGCCGUUGCCAAACCCCCAUAUUUUUUCUAUGGGAACGUUUUGGGCGGCUCCAACAAUACUUGGGAGAAAGUGACUCGAUUUUUAUAUGGUGUUGCACAAGAGUUCGUGAAUGCUGGAUCUUUCUCUGCAUUAAGUAGGAAUGAAGGUUAUGUGCAUAACCUUCCCAGGGAAAAUAGAUUUCACAUUCUUCCGAAAACGGUUAAAACUGAAGGUGCAUUUUCUUAUACUGAGCCCGAAUACUUUGAGCACAUACUAGGCUAUCCAGCUAAUCACACUGACGCCCUACGGCAUAAUCCAACUGAAAGGCUCAGACUCCUCAGGUCUAGCUUUCAAACAGACACGGUUGGGUAUUAUCUCUCAGUUUUGAAGAUGAUUUAUCCAAAUGGCUUGAAUGUAUUAUCUGUUUACAGCGGCAUUGGAGGGGCUGAAAUUGCUUUACACCGUCUUGGGGUACGUCUAAAAUGUGUUGUUUCCGUUGAAGAUUCUGAAACUAAUCAAAGAAUUCUCAAGAGGUGGUGGGAGAAUACUAAACAAACUGGACAACUAGUUCAAAUCCAAGGCAUUGGGAAAAUGACAAGUAGCAAAAUCGGGUCUCUUACAAAUCAGUAUGGAGGUUUCGACUUUGUCGUUUGUCAAAACCCUUGCGUUCUCACAUCUGAAAGCUCAAAUGGUGCAGAACUCGACAUGAAGAUGUUCUUUGAGUUCGUUCGUGUUUUGCAGUGGGUAAGGGGAUUUGCAGGAUGA